AUGAAUUCAUAUAUUGUGCAAAGCCAAUAUCACAGAUGUGGAAGGAAAAAGGUUCAAGUCUCCUAUGACUCAAUUGCACAAAUAGGCAUGGGGGACAGAACAUGCAUCGUAGAUCUUGCAAGAAUGCUGAAUUUGGGACCAACAACAGUAUGGAGGCUCAUCAAGAGGAAAAUUAUAAAGCCACACUCAAGUCCCUUGCAUCCAGGCAUUUCAGAAGCAUGCAAAAUGGCAAGGAUAAGGUGGGCAAUCAGACUGAUAAUGGACUACACUAUACCACAAGAACCAACAUAUUACAGCAUGUAUGACUUCAUUCAUAUUGAUGAGAAGUGGUUUUAUUUGACUCAAAAAAACCAGAGAGUUUAUCUUGCAAACAAUGAACCCUAUCCACACAGAAGUGCAAGUUUAAGAACCAAGAUACCAAAAUUCAUGUUCAUGGCAGCAGUAGCCAGACCAAGGUGGGGUGAAAAUGGGAAAUCCAAGAGGACAUCAAAAAACAGACUCAAGGGGACCAUUGAAACAAAGCCAGUGAAGUCUGUAAAUCAAAUAGAGACAAGGGCAAUGAUGAUCAACAAGCUACUUCCAGCAAUCAAGGCUAAGUGGCCACCACAUGAAGGGGAAAAGGUCAUCUAUAUCAUUCAAGAUAAUGCAAAGGCACAUAUAUUGCAAAAUGAUCCUGAAUGGCAACUACACUACAAACAAGAUGGGUUCACUUUUGUGUUGACUCAACAGCCAGCAAACAGUCCAGAUUGCAACAUCUUGGACUUGGGAUUUUUUAGGUCAAUACAAUCACUUAUGCACAAGAAAAUGACUAAAACUGUGGAGGACUUAAGUGGAGCAGUGUAUGAUUCUUUUAAUGAGUUGUAUCCUAAGACAUUGUUUAAUGUGUGGAUGACAUUACAGUUUGUUUCUAAUGAGAUUCUAAAACACAAAGGCAACAAUGAUUACCAACUUCCACACAACAAGAAGAAGAUUUUAGAAGAUGAAGGCAGACUGCCAGAGCAAGUCAAGGCACCUAUAUGGACAGUUAAUGAAUGCAUGCAACUCUAUGAUGAAUGGAAAGCAAACCAGUGA